AUGGCCCGCUGGUCGCCCUACGACGACAAUGGCGGGACGGUGCUCGCGGUGGCCGGGGAGGACUUCUGCAUCGUGGCGGCGAGCACGCGGAUGUCGACCGGCUUCAGCAUCCUCACGCGGGAGCGCACCAUGGUCAAGCAGCUCUCCGACAACGUCGCGAUCGCCUCUGCGGGCAUGCAGGCCGACGCGGACACCCUGCAGAAGCUGCUGCACGCACGCAACGUGAUGUUCAUGCACGACCACAAGAAAGCAAUGAGCGUGACGGCGGCCGCGCAGCUCCUGUCGAACACCCUCUAUUACAGGCGCUUCUUCCCCUACUACACCUUCAAUCUCCUCGCCGGGCUCGACGAGAACGGCCAGGGCGCCGUGUUCACGUACGACGCCAUCGGGUCGUACGAGCGCACUGGCUACGGCUGCCAGGGCUCCGGCAAGGACCUCAUCCAGCCCGUCCUCGACAACCAGCUCAAAGCCGCGAGCCCUCUCGUCCUCCCGCCGAAACCCUCGGUUACUACGAUGCCGCUGGAGGACGCGCUGGACCUCGUGAAGGACGCGUUCGCGGCCGCUACGGAGCGCGACAUUUACACGGGCGAUGCGGUGGAGAUCGUAGUGAUGCGCAAGGGGCAGGCGGCGACGCGCGAAGUGAUGCCGCUGCGGCUGGACUGA